CUUAUAUGUAUAUUAAUUGCAACGAACGAGUAUAACUGUUCUAAACACGCAGUAAAGCUCGAGAGCCUUGAAUGUUCAGGUACUGAAACUACAUCUUGCGCACUGUCUACUACUACUUCAUGUAUUCCAUCUAUUACUGGUACAGCAUUAGUAAUAUCAAGAGUCAUUUCAACAUAACACUGCCUGGAUACACCAGAUAUAAAGUAACAUAACAACAUGUAAUGUGAACAACCAUACAUCGCAUCUGAUUAUUAGCUACUGGCAUAAAAGCUGAUCAAGAUGAAACUACGAAAGCAAGACAAGAACAAAAAUGAUGAAGUUGAUAAAGGGAAAGGUGAAAAUGAUUUUUGGCACCAGUUUGUGAAAUCCCGAGCUGAAAGCAUUCAGUCUCUCAACGCUGGCGAACAGGAAUUGUUGUAUCUCGUCACAGAGGGAGAUGUGCAAGGCGUUCAGGGACAUAUUGAGGAAUUGUUGUAUCUCGUCACAGAGGGAGAUGUUCAAGGCGUUCAAGGACAUAUUGAGUCCCACACAACGAUAGACAUCAACACGACGGACUAUCAGGGAAGAACACCUCUUACAAUAGCAGUCCAGAACCAACACGAGGACAUGGUCUACAACCUCAUCCAAUGUCCAAACAUCGUACUUGGUGAUUCGCUUCUUCAUGCGAUUAAAGAAGGAAAUGUGAGAAUCAUCGAAGUACUGCUUAACUGGCAAGACGAAAACCAUCGCAAAACAAAGCAAGUCGAUGCUUUUGAUUCUCCAGAAGAUGAAAAUGCAACAGAGGCAUUUGAGAGUGCUGAGUUCUCUGCAAAUAUAACACCACUUAUGCUGGCAGCUCAUUGCCACAACUAUGAAGUUAUCCAGAAACUGAUUGCACGUGGGGAUACAAUUGAAAUACCACACCAAGUAAAUUGUGAUUGUAAAGAUUGCAAAAGAGCCGAUGAUGAGUUUGAGUGUUUUGGAGAAUUUCUAGAGGUUUCGAAACUACGGAUUGAUGCAUAUAAAGCUCUUGCUAGCCCUGCCUAUAUAUGUCUCACAAGCGAAGACCCCAUUCUGACAGCUUUUCAACUGGCCCACGAGUUCGAUAAACUAUUCAUCGAUGAGCCAAUAUUUAGACAACAAUACCAGGAUCUUUCUAAACAGUGCCGAGAGUUUGCAACAGAGCUUUUGGAUGAGUCUCGAACAUCAGAGGAGAUAUAUUAUAUUCUAACACGAAAAGAAGGAGCUGAAAAAAUUAAUAUUGGAUCAAAAACUAUGCAGUUUAGUAGACUCCAAAUGGCCAUUGAUUAUGGGAUGAAAGAGUUUGUGACGCAUCCCCAUUGCCAACAAGUAUUACAAACAUUAUGGACGAAACAUCUUCCAGACUUGAUGCAUAAACACUUCUGCCAACAGCUGGGUUACUUUAUCUUAUUUGUCCUAGCCCUGCCUUUCACAACCAUAGCCUACCUAUUUUGCCCUGGAUUAGAUUGCUUGCAGAUUCUCAAGGCUCCCAUUAACAAUUUCCUUCGGGAUAUUUGCUCCUACUUGUUCUUCUGUGCUAUUCUACUUGCCGAUACAGUCAAGCCAUUUACGACCCAGAGGGGCCUAGGGACCAAAACGAUUCUUGAAUGGCUUGUCAUCCUGUAUGUUGUUGGAUUCCUGUGGGCCAAAGUCAAACAAAUCUACAAUGAAGGUCCACGUGUAUUUUUCCGUGAGAAAUGGAAUUGGUACGAUCUGUUAAUGAUUACUGUAUUUUUGCUAACGUUCCUAUUUUGGACGAUAUCGUUUUUCGAAGUGGCGAAACACGGCGGUGCUGACAUACCAAGGCGAUACUGGAAAUGGAACGAUCCACUUUUAAUAGCAGAAGGGUUAUAUUCAUUUGCAACUGUGAUGGCGUUUGGAAGAAUUUUAUACAUCUUCCAAAUCAGCCAGAUUCUCGGUCCGUUGCAACUCAUGCUGGAUGGUAUGAUGCUGGAUAUCAUGCAAGCGUUCAUAUUGUUCGUCGUCAUCAUUGUGACCUUCAGUUGUGGCAUUACCAAGCUCUAUACAAACUAUGAAGACCAUGUCCGCUUUGAUGUGGAAACAGGUGAAAGUGAGCAGCAAGCUCCUGAAUUUACAAGGUUCUAUAAAUCACUUGCUACCUUAUUCUGGGCGUUAUUUGGAUUCGCUGAGCCAGGUUACGCCAAUGUGAUUGUUGGUAACGUAUACAACGAAACCAUGACAACAAAGAUGAACUACCAUACGUUUACCGAGAUGAUGGGUCUGAUAUUGUUUGGCAUGUACCAGAUCCUCGUCGUCAUUGUUGUCGUCAAUAUGCUUAUAGCAAUGAUGUCUAAUACGCUGAACAGGAUCGAGGAAAAUGUUGAUAUGGAAUGGAAGUUCGCACGGAGUAAGCUCUGGAUGCAGUAUUUCGAGGCACAGGGUACCUUGCCACCUCCGAUGAACUUAAUCCCAAGUCCAAAAUCAAUUCUGAAGUUAAUCAGGUUUUUGUGUUGUUGUAUGGCGUGCAGACGGAAAUCAGAGAAACAAACAGUGGUGAAAUGUUCUAUGAAGAAGUGUUGCCAUGAAGAGGAAACUGUUCCAUUGGAGGAAAGUGAGAAAACAAAUGUUAAAUACGAGAGAUUGGUUGCAAUACUGGUCCAUCGCUAUAUGAACAGAAAAGAGAACGAAAAAGACCAAGAGGACGUCACACCUGAUGACAUAGAGACGCUACACCAGGAUCUUCUGAGAGAAAUGGAGAAAAUUAACCUGAAAAUAUCUUUGUUAUUUACACGGUCCGACAAAAACCAUAUCGUACAUUCUCCAAGCAAGAAACACGCACAUAAACCAGGACAUGUAACAUUUGAAAAACCCGUAUAUGUUAACGAAAUUGAUCAAUAAAUGAAUACGUGCAUACAUUCAAAUACUGCAUUAGUAUAUUGCAUUACUGUGCUAUAAACGAG